AUGAAUACCCUCCAGACUCUGUGUCUUUUGGUUGCGGGCCUCUCUGUUGCCCAGUCCUUGGACUACAAGGCACUCAACCAGUUUAGGAGAAUGAUCCUCUGUGUGAUGCCUGAGAGCUGGCCUGUUUUUGACUACGCUGACUACGGCUGCUUCUGUGGAAAAGGAGGCUCUGGCACACCUGUGGAUGAUCUGGACAGGUGCUGUCAAGUGCACGACCAGUGUUACAGCGAUGCUAUGCAGCACCCUGAGUGCUGGCCCAUCAUCGACAACCCUUACACCGAGUUCUAUGACUACAGCUGUGAUAAAAAUAACAAGAAGGUCACCUGCACCGACGAAAACAACGAAUGUGAGAUGUUCAUCUGCGAGUGUGACAGGAAGGCCGCUGAGUGUUUUGCCAGGUCACAUUGGAACCCCGAUCACGAGCACCUGCCCAGCGACCAGUGUCAUUAAAGAUAUCUGCAAAUAGUUUUCAAAAGUGACAGUUUGUUUUGUUAAUUUAUUGAGAAUCAUUAUCAUGUUAAGAUGUUUUCACAUAAACCUUAUGCUGUACAGCCACAUUCAAAAUAUCAUGAUUUCUGUAUGAGACAACGCAUUUCUCAUACUGUAAUUUUACAAAACUAUCACCAUCCAUCAUUCACUCCAUGUGGAACUGCAAAGUUCUCAACACAAUAAACACAAUUACAUGUACAUCUCUCAUUUUACCUCACCUCACAUUCUACUUAUAGCCAGUCAUUCCAGCGUGUAAUGUUGAAUGUGAUUCCUGUCACUUAUGUUGCCAUUAGAGGGCACUAUGGUCUACCUUUUUUUUGCCUGGCUUCCAGGAUGAAGUCGGUAGUAUACCUGUCAUCCGAUGCUUUGUUUUUUCAUCUAUCCUUCCAUACUAUCUGUAAAACUCCCAUAUCCA